AUGGAAGAUCCUCGUAAUAUUUUACCAUCAGGAUACACAUCGCAACAGCUUCAACUGGACGAUUCCAGUGGGCUGUCAAGGCUCAAAGAGCCUCUUUCGGAUUCUGCAGGUAACGCUCAGCUUCACGACCUGGCGUCGGGGAGCUUGUAUCAUGAUAACAAGAGGCAUCACAUGAGAGGCCAAGAAAGGUCAAUGUAUUCUAUACCUACUCUGCCAUCGCAGCCUCUGCGCCUGCCCGCCGGCAAUACAUUGGAACUUCGAAAGCGGCACAACCGGCAACAACGUUUUAAUAGACAUAGUAACCGCAACCCUAUAGUUGAUUCGCCUCAGUAUCAAGCAUACCGAGCUCGAGCAAAUCGGGAUGGAAACACCCAAGGUGAUUCGAAGUGGCCGGUUGUUCUUGAGGAUGCAUUUCUUGAUGCUCUUCUUGCCAUCCCUUAUAUGGGAAGACGGAAAUUUUCUUUCAGGGGCAAGCCUCAUGGUCGGAAUGAGCUCAUCAAAGAGUAUCUUUGGAUAGCAUACAAGAAUACACUUCCUCCGGGGCAGCGUCCAGAUCCAACGAUGAUGCGUACAAGGAAGCAGGUCUCUAGUCACAUUCAGGUUUUGAAAGGGUUCCUGACUCCUCAUCCUGCACUAUAUCAACGUCUCUUUCCUCCGAAUAAGGGUCCUAAGAAUGGCUUCGAGGAUUCAUUUAAAAAGGACCCCACACUUAUAGCACUCUCGCAAGGUCGGCUACCUAGUAAACGCCACGAUCAAUAUGACGCACUCAAUCAAAUAAUACUCAGUAAUCAUCAUCCAAUGAAGCCUGCUGCAUUCUGGUUGCUCAUGACACCAUUUGCUGUACCAAAUGAACGAAACGGGGUCAUGAAAACCGAACAAGAUCUUCGAAGAGAUGGUCUAGUGCUUCAUAGAUAUUCGGGUUUGUCGUCAUCGAAGCCCCGCGGAAGUCUUGAAUCAAUCCUUCACUGGCGACAAAAGUUCCCUCACUUGGCACAAUUGCAUUCUGCAAACGAUCUGAACUGUGAUAUCAUUCAUAUGGAUGUGUCGUUGGAUCUGAUGAAAACUCACGCUCCGGAUAAUAGUGAGCUAUUGACUCGCAUGGAGGUGUCCAUACCUGGCAAGGAUUUUGCUGGAUCUAAUUGGCAGUCUGUGACAAGUUUAAUUAAACCUGCGGAUCUUUACGGUGACCCCACCAGAGAUCCUGUGUUAGAAGACACAGCGUUGCCAAUGACUGUCCUUGGAAUGUCUGACAGCGAGACCCGAAUCAAAGUCGCCAUACCUGCUGAGACUUGGGCAUACACUUUUACGCAGCUCAUGAACCUUCAUUUUGAGAUUGAAAAGAAACGUCUUCCACAAUCAUAUGGUGGGAAUGGAUUAAGUCGCCCUUCAAACUCUAUUCGGGAAUACGUUGAUCAAAUUUCAAUGUAUCAAGAACUGCAGUCUUCAGCCGGGGAACGAAUGCCAUUUAUCCGGCGAGCCAUUCUUAUCUGGACAUUUCAUAAAGCUCGCAUUGGAGAGGGAAAUGACACCACCUGGCGAUAUGUUGACCCCGCUCCACCACGCCACAUGUGCAUGUCACCACCGCCACACCCUCACCAGAAUCUUCCCAAUCUCGAACACUAUAAUACCUGGCCCGAAUCACCUCUUCAUCUCCAGCAACCUAAUCUUCUCGACUCCUUUGUUCAAGGCCUUGCUACCCCUCCACACACAGCUAGUUUUCAAUCUCCCUUCGAUACAAGCGGCUAUACAUAUCCUACUCAGCAUUACGACAUGUCUAAUGAAAACAUUAGUUUCGUGUCUCAUGCAACUGUCGAUAGCGAAUCAACACUGGUAAACGAAGCCGAUCCUACGAAUCAAAUCGAUAAUUUCCUAAACAAUUCCGCAGGGGUCAAUAUGGGAGCUUAUGGGGAUGUGAGCGGCCAUUUUUAUGGCCAUAUACCUGUCAAUACUGUCAAUGCUAAUGAAUCCUUCGAUGCGGAUCCAGCGUGGGCAAACUAUUCCGUACCGGCUAGUACCCCUUGGGAACAAAGUGAGGAAAAUAAGGGGUUGGCUUGGCCAGAUACAAGUACACAUGUUGAACCUUCCAAUAAACACGCUUGGAAUAAUGAUACACAAGAGGAGAAACAAACACAGAGCACAUGGAAUGGAGAUGACAUUGAUGUCAAUGGUGUAAAUGUUGACGGGAGGGACAACAUGACGGGUAAACAUGCGAAUGAGAUGCCUUGGUCGGAUGUGGUGAUGAGUAGUAGUCCGAACAAACAAAACGGAAAUGGAUAUAUUGAGAGUAACAUUGAGUCAAAGUUGUUACCAUGGAUUGAGCAGGCCACCGCAGAAGAAGAAGCCCAGGCACAAGCUAGGAGAAAUGCUGUGGACUACGGGAACGGUGUUGGAGCUGUGGAUAUGAGUGCGGGCGUUGGUGCAGAUGUUGGAGCUGAUGUUUCCAGUGUGGAAGUGCAGAUGGAAGAGGAAAUCGCCGCAGAGGACGUCAGUGAGCGUGAAGACAACAUUACGAAAGAGGAACAAUUCGAACAUCACGAUCACGAUACGUAUAGGGAUCAUCAUGUGCAUCAUGAACACCAUCAGCACGAUCAAUUGGAGCAAGCAGAAUGGCCGCGUAACGACGAAAUUAAUGGCGUUGGGGUUGGAGUCAACGUCGGACAUUCUAAUGGAUACGGUUUCGAACAUUUGGAAGAGAGCGUGUCAGUAAAAUCCUAA